AAGUUUAGACGAACCAGGACAGAGUAAAGUAGGCAGUAAAACUAGUGUGGUUGUGGGCUGACAUGUCAUUUGAGCUAGGGGAAGGAAGGGGCAAACUUGAAACAAGACUUGGGAAGGACUGACUUGGAUCUUCCUGCACUCGUGAGCUUUUUAAAGACAUCAGUGGAGAUCCCUGAGAGGUGUGAGUGUGUGGGCGUGUAUGUGUGUGUUUGCAUGAAAGCUGUAAGAGGAAAGGCAUUACUUCCAUAACGUGAUUCUACAUCUGCCAGUCUCUCACCAGGUGUUUGUACUUACAGGAAGAAUGCUGGAACAUUGCCUUACAUUUUGCCGCUCCCUUGUGAGGAGGAAGAAUGUGGACCAGGACUGUCUGGAGGAUUCCAAGCUGUGCCGCUGUCUCUCCACUGUUGAUCUCAUUGCCCUUGGGGUGGGAAGUACACUGGGGGCCGGUGUCUAUGUUCUCGCUGGGGAGGUGGCCAAAGGCAAUUCUGGCCCCAGUAUCGUGGUGUCCUUCCUCAUCGCCGCUCUAGCAUCUGUGAUGGCCGGCCUGUGUUAUGCUGAGUUUGGUGCGCGGGUACCCAAGACGGGCUCGGCCUAUCUGUACAGCUAUGUGACCGUAGGGGAGCUCUGGGCCUUCAUCACAGGAUGGAAUCUCAUUCUGUCAUACGUCAUUGGGACCUCUAGUGUGGCACGUGCCUGGAGUGGGACAUUUGAUGAGCUUAUAGGGGGCCACAUUGAAAAGUUCUGCAAAAUGUACUUCAGAAUGAGUUUGCCUGGCCUGGCAGAGUACCCUGAUUUCUUUGCUGUCUGCCUGAUCUUACUCCUGUCAGGUCUUCUCUCAUUUGGGGUGAAAGAAUCAGCUUGGAUCAACAAAAUCUUCACAGCUGUAAACGUGCUUGUGCUGAUGUUUGUUAUCAUAUCUGGAUUCGUCAAAGGAGACGCACUAAAUUGGAAUAUUUCAGAAGAAUCUCUCAUAAACUUCACCGUUGUCACAAGGAAUCUCUCACAUGCUGUUAAUGUCACCAGCGAUUAUGGAGCAGGGGGCUUUUUGCCUUAUGGCUUUGGUGGGACGCUUGCUGGCGCAGCCACAUGCUUUUAUGCCUUUGUGGGAUUUGACUGCAUUGCAACCACAGGUGAGGAGGUGAAGAAUCCCCAGAGGGCCAUUCCCAUUGGUAUAGUCGUUUCCCUGCUGGUCUGCUUCCUUGCCUACUUUGGUGUGUCAGCGGCCCUCACCCUCAUGAUGCCCUACUAUCUGCUGGAUGAGAGGAGUCCUCUACCCUUGGCUUUUGAAUAUGUGGGCUGGGGGCCUGCGAAAUAUGUAGUAGCGGCAGGAUCGCUCUGUGCUCUCUCAACCAGUCUGCUGGGCUCCAUUUUCCCAAUGCCGCGUGUAAUCUAUGCUAUGGCACAGGAUGGGGUGCUUUUCAAAGCGUUAGCCCAAAUCAAUCCUAAGACGAUGACCCCUCUUAUUGCUACAAUGUCUUCAGGUGUAGUUGCAGCUAUCAUGGCUUUUCUGUUUGACUUGAAAGCGCUGGUAGACAUGAUGUCUAUUGGAACUUUGCUGGCGUACUCAUUAGUGGCUGCUUGUGUUCUCAUCCUCAGGUAUCAACCAGAUGCUGUGUUUGAGAGGUCUAGGAUCAAUGAAGGCAAGGAAGAAGUUGGUGAGUCUGAGCUGACAGAGUCUGAGUCUCAUCUGAACAUGCUGAAGGAUGGAGGCAUAACCCUGCGCUCUCUGCUCAACCCUCCACUGCUGCCCACUGAACAGACCUCCACAGCCGUCAAUGUGUCUGUUAUCAUCAUGGUGCUUACUGUGUGUGUUGUGAGCACACUCAACACAUACUACGGACAGGCCAUUAUUGCCAUGGAGCCUUGGGCCCUGGGAGUCUUGGCCGCAUCUCUGUUCAUCUUCAUCAUGUGCAUCUUUCUAGUAUGCAGACAACCGCAGACGAGGAAGAAAGUUUCCUUUAUGGUUCCUCUGUUGCCCUUUCUACCCAUCUUAAGUAUAUUUGUCAAUGUGUAUCUCAUGGUUCAGCUCAGCGGAGACACGUGGAUCCGUUUCUCCAUCUGGAUGGCCAUAGGUUUCCUUAUUUAUUUUGGAUAUGGAAUGUGGCAUAGUGAUGAACGCAAGAGGCAUAUACAGAACUGUGGUGUUGCAACGGAGAAAAAGAUACUGACAGGAAAUGAAGGCACUGUGGAGUAUGUGACACACAUAGAGAAGACUAGCCCGUGUUAAAGACAAACUCUGACAGUAACUAUCUGUUUCACCACCAAGCUGAUAGGCCUGAGCUCUGCGUUUACACUCACUGCCAUCAUGAACAAUCAGUGCUGAUGCUCUCACCUGUGAUGUGAUCAUAUCAUGUAAUAGCACAUUAGGGGUGUAUGAUCUGGCAAUGAAAAUUCAAUGUAUUGAUUAUGGAAUUGAUUCUAUUUAUACACUCUUAGGUGGUUUUCAGAACCGUAGAUCGCUUGCUUUGUUCCGAAACAGGGAUUAAAAUUGUUACAAUGUUGCAAUUUCUUUUUGGUCAAGGCAACAUUUGUAAUGUGAAUACGAGUUUCGUGACCUCUCAUUGGUCAGUGUGCAUUUGACAAAUCUCCCAGACUUGCAAAGUAAAUCUCAGACUUUUAUGUAGCCUAUGUCAAAGUUUUGUAGCCUUCACGCAACAUUGUUCUAUUGAGCGAUUAAAGCUCAUAUUUUGAGACAUUCGCUAAACACAUUGUAAAAAUUUUUGUGUGUUUUGGACAGUAGUUCUGAAAUGUGUUUGGCAUUUCACUUCGCCUUUGCUCCAGGUUAACCCAUGAUUCGUUUAGAGAGAGGCAUUAGCAAAACAAACACUGCUGCUUUUCACUCAACGUACGUAACUUUAAUUCUUCUUCUUCUUUGGAUUUAGUGGCGGUUGGCAAACAAACGUGUUGUGCAUUUCCACCACUUACUAAGAUGGAGUGUGGAGCAUCAAAUAAAAAUUAAAAAAGGCGGGGGGAGGGCUUUGAACUUAAUUCUUUUAAUUAGAUUAGUUGCCUUUAAAAAUUCUAGUAAUCAAGUCAUUAUACUUAAUGUCUUGUUUUGAUUUUCUAACAUGAACCUUUCAUUAGUUACACAUUUUUAUUAGCCAAUUGUUUUCGAAUUUGAUUAAUGGAAUAUUUAAUCCUAUUUCUGAAUUUUCUAAGGCCUUCUUGGCUAAAGCAUCUGCUUCCUAAUGUAACCCAUCAUCAUAUGUUGUGAUACAGCCUGGUUCAUUGGUCCGUUGAUGGGUCACUGGGUCGCAUCGCUUCCACACCACAAGCGAAUCGGCCCAGAGUUCAUUUUCAAGCGUGCCGAGACCUCCUCAUUCAGGCAAUCUCUGACCGAUUGUGUGUAUGUGUGUGAAUCCAAGCGCGAUUGCCAUGUUCAUAUAGGCCUAAAUGAACCGAGAGAAAACGCAUCAGGUUCCAGGGAAAAAAAAAAAAAAUUCUUCAAACGAGCCAGGUGUGAAAACGCCCUUAAAAAUAAAGGUUCCAGAAGGAGGAUUUCGCUUCAGAAAAAGAAUUUUUGGUUUUCCAAAGAACCUUUCAGUGAACAGUUCUUAACCAUUUAUUUUUCUUAGUGUGAAGAAUAUUUUAAUAAUCUGAAGAACUUCCACUUUAAGGGACUUUUUGUGCAUGGAAAGUUCUAUGGAUGUUAAAGGAUUAGUUCACUUUCAAAUGAAAAUUACCCAUCAAGCCAUCCUAGGUGUAUAUGACUUUUUUUUCUUUCUGAUGAACACAAUCUUAGUUAUAUUAUAUCAAGAAACAUAUUCAUAUUUAAGAAGUUAUGAAUUAAAAUAUUGAGCUUCCGCCAGACUGCUUUCUGUAUUCAACGUACAAAGAAAGUGUAAAAGCUUACGCUACAUCCUACGCCUUCCCUAUUCAACUUAGCAAAAAGCCUAACUGACAUGACGCCAGUUCCGUUUUUUCGUACGUCGACGUUUCGUACGUUGUACGCUAGAUAUUUUACUUCAUAACUUGUUAAAUAUGGAUAUUUUUUGCACACAAAUGCAUCACUUCACUUCAGGAGCCGUGUGGAGUACGUUUAUAAUGGAUGGAUGUGGAUGGAGGCACUUUCUUCAGCUCAUACUCGGUCCUGUUCAAAGCUUGGAAGCGUCAGGGUAUUUAUUAAUAUAUCUCCAAUUGUGUUCAUCAGAAAGAAGAAAGGCAUAUACACCUAGGAUGGCUUGAAGGUGAGUAAAACUUGGGGUAAUUUUCAUUUGAAAGUGAACUAAUCCUUUAAAGAUUCUUCACAGGACCAUCAAUGCCAAUCUAGAACCUGUAUUUUUGAGAGUGUAUACCCAAUAUAAAUUGUCCUUCAACUUUGUGAUUUCAGAAUAUAACUGAAGAUUAUUCGUAACCAUUUUUUUUUUCUUUAUAAUGCUUAAUUUUGCAUUGCAUCAUUAAUAAAUAGGCUAAUUAGAAUAGCAUUGAAUUGUUGUCAGAGCUAAUAUUUACACCCCUGCUUUUAAAUGUGUUUGGAAGUGAAAGGGAAAGCAUGUUUUUUAAUUUCUAUAAAGUAUUAAGAUUUCCACAGACAGUAUCUCAAGGUUACUUCCCAUCUUAAUAUUAAUAAUAAUAAUAAAACAUAUAUACUUAUAUAUACUAAAGGUAUGAGACAAAUUUGAGGUAAAAUGGUAUUAUCAAAUAAUGUGAAACAUUAGAAUAGAUAUUGGGAAGACUAUGAAUUGCAGAUAUUGGUGAACAUCCAGCUUUUACAUGUUUGACUGUCUUGUUGUUUAAUUCUAAGAUGUAGGAUUAAUAUACUGACUACAUCUUAUUUUAUGUGCCAGAGAUGUUAAGCUGCUCAGAUAACACCAUUUCUUGUAUUCUGAUAAACACUAUGCUUUUUAUUUUUAUCCAUGUUACAUGUGUUUGUGCAGUUAUUGUUAAAUGUUCGACAUGUCUAAUGUACAGUAUUCAUGGGUCACCCUGUUGUUUAACAACCAGGUCUGAUGAUGUUGAAGAGGAGCAAGUUAUGUGUUUUGUCUUGUAAAAUUACCUUUUUAUUCACUUUAUUUACUUGCUAUAUUUUUAUAGACUUUUUCAGUCUACAGUACAUAUUUCACUGCAGUCAUUCAAUAUAUGACAAUCCGUGUAAUCCAGUUAAAGAUGCCAGCAGUGGUCUAAGAAUGGACAACCUGAGCGUCUGAAAGUGUUUCUUCUGCUAACUAGCACUCAUGUUCUUCUCUGCCUAAAACACUCGGUGUAAAUGCGUCAUGGAGAGGAUAAGAUUGUGGAUUAAUAAAAGUGUGUUAAUGUCUCAUUAAAAAUAUUGCACAUCAA